AUGCAACAAAUAUAAAUACAAACUGCCACUCAAGAUAAAGCUGCUUACAAUAGAAAUGCAUAAAAAAUCAUUGAUAAACUAAAAGCUAAUGAUCUUGAAUUAAUUGAUGCUACCCUUGAAUAUGCUCUCCAAGUUUUUAAUUCAAAUGAACCACCCUUAAGGAAAUUAUUAAUCUUGAGAGUAUUAUCAAUCAUAUCUUAGCUUAUUAAAGAUGCCAUUGUCAUCAAAUCUUCUAAAUUUAUUAACAAAUACAUUUAAACUAGACCCUUGUUGACAUUUAUAGGAAAUAUCUGUACUCAUAAAUUAGGCGAUUCUAAUCCAAAUAGAGGUGCUGAUCUAUUCUAAGGAUAAGGUUCUAUCUAAUAUUUAUUUAGAUCCCCAAUCAAGUAUUGAAUUCUUAAACUUGACCCUUGAAUUGGUUGAAUUUCUUGCUACAACAUUUCCCAAAGAUUCAAAAGGAGCACCCACUAAAUUCAAAAUCUAAUAUGAUGAAUUAGUUUAAAUGGGAGUAUAGAAUUCAUUUUAAACUUAAGGUCAAAUUUCGACCUUUAUCCAGUCUCAUUUUGCCAUUUGAUCCAAAUAAGGCUUCCUAAGAACCUAAAUCAAAACCACUAGAUAAUAAUAAAGAAAGGGAUGAAACCAUGCUAAAACUAAGUAACUACCAUAUCCUACUUAAGAUCAAAGCAAAUAAACCAUUUAUCAAGACAUUGAGAUGAUUAAUGAAACACUAAUUAAUGAUUCUGAUAUGACAUAUAUAAAUGAAGUUCUAGUGACUUAUAGUGAAUCUAUGAAUGUCAUGGAAAAAACAUUUGAAAAUCUCAUUAAUAAAGCAUAAAAUUAUGAAGGCGUUUUAAAUGAAGAUGAACUUGCAGAAUUAUAUGCUCUUAAAGAUUUCGUAUAGAAAUUCUAAAAAUAUUAUUAUGGUUAUCUUGAAAAGGAAUGUACCUCUGGAGCUUAUAAUUCAUUGAAAAAGAAAACAUUAGCUCAUAUUUAAAAGAUAUAAAAUAAAGAUUUUGAAUAUCCUCCUCCUUAAUAGUAGAAAUAAUAAAAGUCACAAAAAUUCUAGUAAUCAUAAUUUUAAAAUGAAGAUGAGAUGCUGAGAAGAGCUAUAGAAGAAUCAAAAAUACAAUAAUAACAAUCUUAAAUAUAAUAGAAAUAAUUUGAAGAAAAAAAAAAAUAAGAAGAAAUUAAGAGAUAAUAAGAAGAAGAAUUAAGAUAAGCUAAAAUUAGAGAAGAGUAAAUUAGAGUAGAAGAAUAAAGAAGAGAAAAUGAAAGAAAAGAGCAUGAAAGAUAAGAAUAAGUUAAGUAAGAAUAGUUAAGAUAAGAAGAAAAAAAAAGGGAACAAUUAAAAUUAGAAUUAUUAAAAUAAGAAUAAAAUAGAUUGGAAGUCUAAUAAUAAUUACAAUAAAAGUAAAAAUAAAAAGAAAUUGAGGAUUAUUGGAACAAUUAAUUUCAAAAUCCUAAUAAAGAUAAUUAAUAAUAUAUGACACAAAUAAAAUAAGGUUCACAUAUAAAUCCAUAAUAAUAAUAAUACUAAUAAUAAUAAUAAUAAUAUCUAUAAUCAUCAUUUUAAUAAUAAAAGUAACAUUAAUAAUCAAAUAAUACUGUUUAGAACCAUACUUAUACUAAUGUUGAUUAAUAAUAUCAUUAAAAAUAAACUAUUAAAUAAACUAAUGAUAAUUAAUUUGAAUAAAAUUACAAUAUUUCUGAAAUUCCAAACUAAAAUCAUUUAUAAGGAAAUAAUAAAAGAGAAUAACUCCCUAUGAAUCACAUAACUUCUAAUAUAGGAAAAAAGAAGGAAUUUUAAGAAAAUUUUGAUGGAUUAAGUUAAUCUACUUUAACUUAGUAAUAUUACCCUUUGAAAAUGGAUCAAUAGAUACCUCUCAAACAAUAUCUAGGAAUGUAAGUUAAAUAUGACAAUUCCUAAUUUGAGCUAUUACAUACAUAUGGCUUAACAGAAUCAUAAAAGAAGCGUUUUAAAAUAGCUACUUUAAAGGGUAAAGCAGCAUUAGUAAAUUCCCCUUAACUUUAAGUAGGAAUAAAAUAAGUAUUACAAUAUGUUCCAUUAAAAGAGAAAAAUUAUUUGAAGUUAAUUUUAUAUAUUGGAAAUAAGACUCAAUCAAACUUUGAAAAUUGUAGAAUGCAAUUUGAAGGAGAUAAUAACCGUAAUUUAAAUUAUGAAUAUUUUAAGAAUUUUCGAUGUGGCUUAAGCCAGAUAGGAUUGCUGAUAAAAUUGAAGCAGGUUAAUAAGUUUAAUAAGAAGUUAUAGGAAUUUUUAAAUAGUUUGAAAAUUAUAGAUUAGUAAAUGUAAUAUUUUCUGGUAAUAGAUUAAUAUUUAUUAAUAGCUGAAUGGGCUAACAAAUAAAUAACAUCGAAUUUCUUCUUAACAACAUCAUUAGUUUCAUUUAUGGAUUUCAAAGAUAUAAGUUUAUAAAUAUUUAGAACAAAAUGGAGAUUAAAAAAAUAAUAGGUUUUUAAAGGGGAAACAUUUUUGUUGAAUCCAAAAAUAGUAAAAACAGGACAUUAUUUAAAAAAGUAUUAAAUUUAUUAGAAAUUAGAAUAUUUCCAAAAUUAUGUGAAUAUAAUUCUUAUCAAUAAUUUUAAGAUUAGUAAUUAGAAUACUUUAAUGAUAGAUAAUUAAAAUACAUUUCUUAUAAACUUUGUAAUAAUAAUUGGCAUUAAGUUAGGUGGUAUUUUUGAAUUGACGAAUGUGAAUUAAAAUUACAUGAUCAAGUUUAUAGUUUUACCCAAUAUGCAAUGUACAAUAUAAAUUAUUGGAAAUAAUGAUCAUUUAUGUAAAUAAAUGUUAAAUACACUUAAUUGGAUAUUAGGUUUAGAAUGA